AGACACCGUAGCAACGAAAAGGAGAAGCCAGAGAAGACAAGUCUUAACAAUUUUCAGGAAUUUUGUUGUCAAAAUGCCAGGUUGCUGCAACUGUUUUGCGGCAUGCAAGCCCCGCUACAAGAGACUUGUGGACAACAUCUAUCCGGACACAGCUGAGGAGGGUUUGGUGCGAAGCAACAUGGAGAAGUUGACGUUCUAUGCCGUAUCUCACAAUGAGAAACUUGAUCGCAUCGGUAGCUACCUUGCACAGAGGUUAGACAGGGAUGUGUACAGACAACGCAUAGGGUAUGUGUUGAUUUCCAUGCAAGCUUUAGACCAACUUCUAUUGGCAUGUCAUGCACAGAGUCUGAAUCUCUUUGUAGAAAGCUUCUUGAAAAUGGUCCACAAACUUCUGGAAUCUAACAACAUCGAGCUACAGGUUUAUGGUACACAAUCUUUUGUGAAGUUUGCUAACAUUGAGGAGGAUACGCCAUCUUACCAUAGACGAUAUGAUUUCUUCAUCUCCAAGUUCAGCUCUAUGUGUCAUAAUAACAAUGAGAAUAUGAGUGUCCGGAGAAAAAUUCGGAUUGCUGGACUGAAGGGGAUCCAGGGCGUGAUCAGGAAGACCGUUAGCGAUGAGCUCCAGGUGAAGAUAUGGGAGAAACAACACAUGGAGAAGAUUGUUCCGUCGCUUCUGUUCAAUAUGCAUGAGGGGUUUGAAAGGUACAAGGAACUUGCAUGCCAACAAACAACUAAUGACCCAAGCCAUGAGUCACCUGUAUCGGACAACGUAGAAGAGAGACCCGCUGCCCUUGCUGAGACUUGCCUGAGGAAUGUCAUGUGUAGCGCCGCUUACAAUAACAUCCAUUCUGUGCUCAAACCAGUCCUCAGACAUCUUGACCUUCAUGAGAUCUGGCUUCCCACUGACUUUGCAGUGAAGGUCUUCAAGGUCAUCAUGUAUUCCAUGCAGUCCCAGUAUCUGUAUGUGGCACCUCACUAUCUUCUGCUCCAUUUGGAUGAGAACAUGAAUAAUUCUCCUCGCAUCAAGCGUAGCAUCGUAGAGGUUCUCAAAGAGACGGUUGCCAUAGCAGCCGACGGAGCAGUAGGGACGUCCGUGCUGGAAGUGUUCAACACCCUUCUUCGUCAUUUGAGAUCAUCGGUGGAUAAGAGACUCUCCGGCCAUACCCCGUCACCGAAGCCAAACAGACAGGCCAAACAAGACGUUGAUGAGAGACAGGAAGCUCUCUUUGAAGAAGCGAUCAUCGAUACAAUAGGUGCGUUUGCCAGUAUCUUACCCGACUAUCAGAAGAUAGAGAUUAUGAUGUUUAUCAUGGGAAAGAUCCCCCUCCCAAGGCCUACAGGUAGCCAAGAACAUCUUGGAAGAGAUUCAGCCAUCUACUCCAAGGGUGAAGGUGAUAUCUUGCUGCAGAGUAUUCUAUUGAAGAGUUUAUUGGAGGUUGGUACAAAAUAUGUGACCGUUUCCAUGGCAUCAACCUUCCCAGCAUCCUUUAUGCAGCCGUUACUCAACAUGUCCGUUGUUCAAGACCCUGACAUUCGCUACACUGUGCAGGAAAUUCUCCAAACAUUGAUCGAUCGCCAUGACAACACCAACAAAUUGAGGAGGAACAUUGCCAUUCCUAGAAACAUCUCUGAGCUGAAUCUGAGAGUAGAGAAGCCAUCCAGGCAAGAUAUAUCAUUCCUCAGAAAGAAUGGAGCAGACAUUCAAUGGCAUAUCUACGAGAAUCUGCGAUGCAGUGCGAAUAAAUCAGAGAACUAUGUUGGUAUCUUCACCACCCUGGCUCUGCUGUGUGUUGAGUUUGGAACAGAUGACAUCCUGGUUGACCUCGUCAAGGUUUCCUUAGCAUUGCAGGACAUGGUCUGUGAUAAUGACUGUAAACUGGGACCGAUCCAUCGGUGUGCAGUUCAUGCUCUAGUAGCAAGAUACUUGAACCUUAUCAGUCAACUCACUGCUAUACCAGCACUCGGGCAACAUGUAUGGUCGGUAAUUGAUACAAGGCAGAAGACAGCCCCUUACCUUCUUCCUCCAUUUAAUGUGGAAAAUAAUCAGAGGAAACUUCCAUCUCAGCCUCUACCGGCGAGUGUCCUCUUCCAGAAAGAUGCCAUCAGUGAUGGAUUAAGAAGCAGUGGUCAUGACAUCUCUCGUCUUAACACUCCAUUCAUACACGAACCAUCAGUUGAGUAUCGUCCCAGGAGCGGAGCCGAUGUAGGGUCUGUUAACAUUGAACUGGAAUCGGCUCAGUCUUCCCCAACAGGAAUUAGGAAACAUCCUCAGGAGCUUGUGACCUUUGAGUCUUUGAAGAAGGUCUUGACGCCAAUGACUGUCAUAGAUGGAGGCACCGUGGAAGAGGAGAGAGAGAAAAGACUUGCUAUCCUCAACAUGUUUCAGAAUUCAUCUCUUGAUCAACUCGCAGCUUCGGCAGAACAGCGGAGUGAGAAGUGGUACAAGAAGCUAAAUGACAUUCUUGAUACAGUGGUGAAGACCCCAGUGUCUCCAGCUGGCAGUCCCGUCAAAGCUGACCCAUCAACACCAGCCGUCUUCCACUCAGUACCAACGUAUGACAUGAAAUUCCCAGAGCUAUGUGUCUAUUAAAAGGUCAUCUUGUUUGUUACCUGCUCAUAACUUCAUGAAUGAGUUAAAGAAAUGAGAAUAUCAUACAAAAUAUCUAAAAUGAAAACUUACAAAUGCUUGCAAUCUGAAUUCGAAAAUAGUCCUUUUUUAUGAAAUAAGAAGAUAAUUGUUGUAGUACUCGUAUAUUUUGUGAUGUUUUAGAGAUUCCUCUGCAAACAAUAUUUUCAUUCUGAAAACUCUUAGGUUAUUCACUACAGUGUCGAUUCCCUGCUGUCGUAACUGACUGCUUUUUAUUUUGUAUACAUUUUAUAGCUAUCUUUAUCCCACUAUUUGUUUUGUGUGCUGUUUUAUUUUGUAUCUUUGUUGUUAAUGUUAUCUCUACUUCCUCUCCCACUCAGGGGGAGGGGGGGUAAAAACACUCCCCCCCCCUCAUGACAUUCGCCAUGAUAAAUCUGUAACGUAGAAAGAUUGUGCCGUAACGUUUCAUCACUUUCAUGACUUUCUUUCAAGUCUUGCGCAACUUUAAAGAUCAAAUUUGGGAUGCGGGUUACGUGGUUCCAAAGUUACGUAACAUGAAAGUACAUGUCAAGACCCCAAAAAAUAACUUCAU